AUGUCUCUUUUCUGCUGUGAUGGCGGCGGUCCCUGUGCUCAAAGCUCUCGGAUGAGGGUUGAAGCCAAUGGCCCGGCACCAAUAGUACCGGACACAUCCCAAAGCAGGGUCCAUACGCCUUUGCCCAUGCUGCAAGACUGGGACAAGCUCGGAGCCAGGGAGAAGGAGGUUGUGCAGGAAAAGCUGGAAAGCAUUGUAAAUGCCUUCGCGCGUGAGCUCACUAGGGGCAAGGUGUUCAUGAAGCUGGGGCGAAAUGGCCGCCUCUUCUACCGCCUUUGCACUUUGGACAAGCAGCUGACAGCAUUCUCCAUGCACAUCAAGGGGGCCAUCGUGGAGUAUCCCUUCAGCCACAUGCAGCACAUUAGCUUUGGUUAUGACCUCACAGACUUCACGCAUGUUCCUGUCUCAUUGCCAUCUGAUGCGCUGGCAGCGGUUAUUGUUAUGGACAACCGGAGAAUGAACCUGGUGUUUUCGUCCCCCAUGGAGCGAGACGAGUUUGUCACUUGCAUGCUCGUUCUCAAGGAGCGGCACCGACGAAAUAAUUCGUGUCCAGCCCUUGGUCUGUCACGCCUUUUGUGCUGUCUCCUGCAGUUUUGGUUGAUUUGA